AUGUUCAGCUGCAAGGUUCCUGGCCAGGGCUUACUCCGGGUUGGCGCCACCGCGCCGCUGGGGUUCUUCGACCCGCUGGGCUUCUGCCCGCUUGGGGAUGAGGCCAACUUCCGCGCCCUGAGGUUCAAGGAGCUGAAGCACGGCCGCGUGGCGAUGCUGGCGAGCCUGGGCGGCGUCUUCGAGCACUACGGCAGGUUCCCGUUCCUCGGCUUCAACGAGCAGCAGGGCGGCAUCACCGACAGGAUGUUCGAGAAACCUGGCACAUGGGCUUUCCAAAUCCUCGUGAUCAUGUGCGCCGUCGUGGAGCUCGGCAUCUGGAAGGAGGACCCGGACAGGGAGCCGGGAGACUUCGGCGACCCCGCCGGCUUCACGAAGGUCUUCCCGUACGACGAGGACAUGCGCAACCGCGAGCUCAACAACGGCCGCAUGGCCAUGUUCACGGCGGUCGGCAUCCUUGCGGCAGAGGCAUUUACCGGCAAGGACGCGGUCCAGCAGUUCGGCUUCUGA